AACUCGUGUAUCGCGUCUGGUUUUUAAAAAAGGAUCCCUGAGACAAAAUGUGUGAUGUCGUAUCAACAUGUGUGGUAAUAGUAGUCAGUAUAAUAUUCGGGCUGUAUACCCGCGAAACACAGAGGUACUACAUAACAAGUUGAUCUUACAAAGACAUUUUGAGAAAAGAAGUUGUUUGCUUUAGUGGAUUUGGGACUUGGAAUUUGGAUUGUUGUACAGUGUACAGUAAUGUCGUCACUCAUCCGCUUCACAGAAAACGAGGUGGAUCUGAGCAGCAUGGACACGCCUUCCUACAUCGAGAUCGCCUCCUAUCUGAUCAUAGCUUGUGGAGUUGGCCUUAUUGUAGUGUGCAUUUUGGGAUGCUGUACUGUUACGUGUGUCAAAAGAGUCAAAUGCUGUUUCUUUGCAUAUAUUACUAUAAUGAUAGCAAUUGUGAUCCUGCAGUGUACUGCGGCUGGACUGGCAGUAUCUUACUAUUCGUCGUUUAAGAACCACGGGCAGAACCAUAUGACGAGGACUCUGAAUCAGGAAUACGUUGGGCCAUUUGAAAGAGAGAAUCCUAUAUCAAACACAUGGGAUACUACACAAGCGUCAUUCCACUGCUGUGGCGUGAUGGGACAAAACGACUUCAAAACUCUCCAGAGGUGGGACUCAUCCUGGUCCUCGGAACAGGCAACAAUCCCUGUUUCGUGCUGCCAGCUUACGAAAGACGAGUUUGUAAUUGAUGUAUCCAAAAUUACCAAAAAAGCAGACAUUGAAGAGAAACUUAAAGAUCCAACUUGCCCUGUAACGGGGCAUCAGAGCAACUUUAGGGGUUGCUUUGAAGCUGUGCUGGAAAACAUUCUUUCAAUUCGGAAAUGGCUCAUUGGAACGAGUAUGGCCUUGGCUCUUCUAGAGCUAAUUACAAUUAUUGCUACUGGCUGCCUCUUCCCGAGAAUGCAAGACGUACGUGAUGAGGGACGUCCGUUAAGUAACACUGGACGCAAUAUGUGACGAGAACCAGCCUUCUGUUUGAGAGUCAAUAACGUUAAGUAACACUGGACGCAAUACGUGACGAGAACCAGCCUUCUGUUUGAGAGUCAAUAACGUUAAGUAACACUGGACGCAAUACGUGACGAGAACCAGCCUUCUGUUUGAGAGUCAAUAACGUUAAGUAACACUGGACGCAAUACGUGACGAGAACCAGCCUUCUGUUUGAGAGUCAAUAACGUUAAGUAACACUGGGCUCAAUAUGUGACAAGAACCAGCCUUCUGUUUGAGAGUCGACAAGCCCAGACCGUUUUAAUUCUGUUUUACAGCUCCGCCGACAUGAACGUUCUCGAUUUAGAAUUUUUAAAAUUGAAAAAGUUGCCCUUAUGUAUUGUCAUCAGUACCAUCAAUUUAUCCACUGCACAUGUUAAAUAAAAACAUUAAUACGUUAGCAUUC